UGUUUCCUUCCUCAUUUCAUAUCAAAAACCAUUUCAAAGAGAGAAAAAAGAAGAAAGAAAUACACACAAUGGCAGGAAUCAUGCACAAGAUUGAGGAGACUCUGAACAUUGGAGGCAAGAAAGAUGAGCGUAAGGGUGAGACACAAGGUGGGUACAAGCAACAAGAGCAAGGUGGGUACAACCAACAAGAGCACAGGGGCGGCGCACAAGGUGAGCGCAAGGAAGGGGUUGUUGGCCAGAUGAAGGACAAGCUCCCGGGGGGAGGCGGUGGCGGUGUCGGUGGCAUGACGGGCGGCGCACAAGGUGAGCGCAAGGAAGGGUUUGUUAGCCAGAUGAAGGACAAGCUCCCGGGGGGAGCCGGUGGCGUGCACGAGACACAGGGCGGGUACAACCAACAAGAGCACAGGGGCGGCGCACAAGGUGGGUACAACCAACAAGAGCAAGGUGGGUACAACCAACAAGAGCACAGGGGCGGCGCACAAGGUGAGCGCAAGGAAGGGUUUGUUGGCCAGAUCAAGGACAAGAUACCGGGCAUGACGCAAGGUGGGUACAAUCAACAAGAGCACAGGGGCGGUGGCGGUGUCGGUAUCGGUGGCAUGACGCAAGGUGGGUACAACCAACAAGAGCACAGGGGCGGCGCACAAGGUGAGCGCAAGGAAGGGUUUGUUGACAAGAUCAAGGCCAAGAUCCCGGGGGGUGGCGGUGGCAGUGGCGUCCGUGGUGAAGGAAGAGAGAAAAGGAAGGACAAGAAGAAGAAUGAUGAUGGCCAUGGCAGCAGUGACAGCGACUAAAAAUCUUGCACUGCUUCCAUGCAUUAGGUGUGGAGGAGGUCGAGGUCCUGUCUACCAGUGUUGCAGAUUAUCACUAGAAAAAA